AUGAAAAUAAAAAAAGCAAAAACCACAAUGAAAAAAACAAAAAAAUCUGUCAUGAAAAAAAAGAAACAAUUAAAAGAUGUAACAACAGAUGAAUUUUUUAAUCAAAGUUUUGAAGAUGAAAUAAAUAUUAUUGAUAAUGACAAUCAAGAUAAAAAUGCCCUUGAAGAUAAUGAAGAAAGUAGUGAUAGUGACAUGGAUCCAGUACAGCAUAAAAAAUCUUUAAUGAAAUUAAAAGAUACAGAUCCCGAAUUUUAUAAAUAUUUAAAAGAAAAUGAUAAAAAUCUUUUAGAAUUUGAUGUAUCAGAUGAUGGUAAUGAAAUUGAUGAUGAUGACAAAUCUUCGUUAAAUGAAUUCGAUAUGAAACAUAUACCUAAUGAUCAUUUAGAGGUUGCUAGUGAUGAGAGUGAUUAUGAAUUAGAUGAAGAUAAUAGCAUAAAAGAUAAAAGAAAAAUUACAUUGCAAUUAUUAAAAAAAUGGCAAGAAGAAAUUCAAAAAGACAAGUCAUUGAAAACAAUUAAAUGUGCAGUAGAAGCUUUUCAUGCUGCAUUAGAAACAAUUGCUGAAUCUUCUGAUCCAGAAUCUUUACAAUAUAAAGUAGAGGGUGGUGCAAUAUUUAAUGGAGUUGUCCAGUUGUGUAUAUUGUAUUUACCAGAUGCAUUUAAACGAUACUUAAAAUUAGAUCUAGAAACUCAUCAUGUUCAAGUUCAUAAAGUUAAAAGAUUUACAAAAGUAAAGACUAUUCUUAAAUUAUAUUUAACAGAUUUAAUUAAGAUUUUACAAAACGUAACAUCGUCUAAUAUUCUCACAGUUCUUUUAAAACAUUUACAUCAAAUGUUAUUAUAUACACAAUCGUUUUCAUCAUUAACUAAGCCAUUGUUAAAAAUUUUAUUAAAAUUUUGGUCAAGUGGAGAAGAAACUGUUCGUGUUGUUUCUUUUUUAAGCAUAUUGCGUAUUGUAACCAGUAAUCGAAAAUCAGUUUUAGAGAUGUUGUUUAAGACAAUGUAUGUAAAAUAUGUUGAAAAUUCUAAAUUUGUGUCUCUUACAACAUUACCCGGAAUAAAUUUUAUGAGACAUUCUCUAGUAGAGAUAUACCUGCUUGAUAAUAAUUUAGCAUAUCAUCAUGCUUUUUUAUAUAUUAGACAAUUAGCUAUUCAUUUAAGAAAUGCUAUGACUUUAAAGAAAAAGGAACAUUUUCAAGCAGUGUAUAAUUGGCAGUAUAUAAAUUCGUUGCGUUUUUGGUCAGAAUUAAUAUAUUUAUCAAAAAAUGAUUCUAUGUUACGUUCACUUUUAUAUCCUCUUAUACAAAUUAUUAUAGGAACAAUCAAAGUAAUACCAACACAUCAAUAUUAUCCUCUAAGAUUUCAUUGCAUACAAAUGCUAAUAGAUAUUUCUAAAGAAACUGAUACAUUUAUACCUAUAUUACCAUUUUUACUAGAGAUAUUAGACUCUUACGAUUUUAAUAAAAAACACAAGGCAGUAUCAAUGAAACCAGUUCCUUUUAUUUGUAUCUUAAGGAUGUCAAAGUCUCAAUUACAAGAAAAUGGUUUCAAAGAUAAUGUUAUUGAUAAUAUAUAUAAACUUAUCUUAGAAAAUGCUGCAAAAGAUAGUCAUACUGUAUACUUUCCGGAUUUAUAUAUAUCAUGUAUAAUACAGUUAAAAGCAUUUCUAAAGAAAUGUCAUAUAGCAAACUAUUGUAGAAAAAUGAAACAAUUAUUAGAUAAAAUCGAAGAAAAUAAAAAAUAUAUUGAGACAGAACGGAAUAAAACUGUAAUUGAUUUAAAGAAUAUGACAGAGAUAAAGAAUUGGGAAAAUAGGAUAAAAACACAAGGUACCUCAUUAUCAAAAUUUUAUGAAUCUUGGAUAAAAAUCUAUCAAUCUCAGAAACUUAAAUUACUUACAAAAAAUGAAGAAGUAGCUGAAUAUAAUUUACCAACUAUAAGAAAGUUAAAAAAAGGAAAGUUAAGCAAAGAAAGUAUAGAAGAAAGCAGCGAAGAAAGUGAUUUUGAAAUGAAAAUAAAAUCUGAUAAGGAAAAAUCUGAUGAGAGUAAAUUUGAUAAAAGAAAAUCAGAAAAACAUUCUAAACCAAGAAGAAAAAAAUUAAGAAUUAACAAUGACCAGAUUAAUUUACCUCAAGAAAGUACAGAUAUCGUGCAAGACAUCAAUAGUGACGAUUGGGAUUAAAUAUAAUUUAUUUCACAUGUAAUAAUGUGUAUGAUAAUAAAUCGAUAUCAGUUUAAAUUUUAUAA